AUGCAGCAGGGACUAGAGAAUGAUAAAGACGCAGUGUUUAAGAAAUACUACACUACAAUCUUUCCAUACAACGAGAUAUUCAGAGUAUUGAACAUCAACGAGAACAAAGAAUUGGCUUUUGGUAAAGAUUCUGGCACAUUCAUAAGGUAUGAAACAUUCUGUAACGCAAAUGAUUUCUAUAGGAGAAUAUGCCAAGUGAUUCCAUAUAGAAUAGAUGUGGGAUCCACAUUCAAAAACAGACCAACCAAAUACGAUCAAAACAUCCUGGUUAGUAGGCAACUUGUCUUUGAUAUUGAUUUAACAGAUUACGACCGAAAAUGCUGUAAGGAAAAGAAGAUCUGUGCAAAAUGCUAUGACCUCAUCAAAUGUGCAAUAGAAGUGUUGAGUCACAUUCUAAAGAAGGAAUUUGGCUUUGAUCAGUUUGGAUUUGUGUUCAGUGGACGAAGAGGUGUUCAUUGCUGGGUAUUUGGUGAAGAUGACUUGGAUGCACAGGUAAGAACCAACAUAUUCAAAUACUUUGAUAUUGUGAUAUCGAGAAACUUCCUUGAAAGUGAAUACGAAAGAAUUCUACAAAAAUACGCAGGUAACACCGAGAAAAUAGAAGAUCUUUUGAAAUGGUUUCCAAAAAUAGA